CUGCUGGGAGCAGACGAGUUAUAAUGUUCCAAGCUAUGUGGAAAGUAACGGCAUUGGGCGGAGCCCUGUUUGCUCCCUUUGCCGGAUGAUGGAGCCGUGGCUUCCCCAUUUGUCUGCCUGCGGCUAGUCCAGGCUGAUGAUGAUAAGCUGUCUGGCCAAGGCUGCCUUGUUAAUAAUACGGAAGUCAGCGGGGUCUGAGAGCGUUAUAUUAUUGCUUAGCUUCAAGGAAUAGAGUGGGGACCAUGGCAUUGGAGCCAGUCCCUUGCACCAUUAAGAACCCAGUAGCACUGCAAGUAGGAGACAUGAAGACCGAGAUAAGCCGGCCUGGUGUUCUGGUGAUUGAUGUUUCAUUCCCACACUCACAGACAACAGAUUUGCAGGCAAUUGCAUUCAAAAACUACUACACUGCUUUUUUGACCCUUCGAGUACAGCGGCAAAGUUCUGCAGAUGGGAAUGAAAGUCCUUCCAAAUGGGUUACUUGUCUCCGUAACUAUUGUUUGAUGCCCAACCCACAUACAGAGGAGGGUUCCCAAAACUACUUUUCUAUUUCCAGACAUCAGAUGCUUUGUGAUGUGGAUCAGGUGGCUGCCAUGCGUUUCAUCCUGCGCCAGCCUUCUCCAGUAUGGUUGCAUUUUACAAUUGAAGAGCUGCAGCUUUUUUCUUUGUGUCAGAAGAGUCCUCAGAAAGGCUUUCCAGCUUGGCUUUCUCAUCCUUCUCCUCAGGAGCAGCCAGCAAGCUUGCAUGAUGGACUUCCCGAUGCUGACAGAGUGUCUUCCGAACUGCAGCAAAUGUGGGUUUUGACUGAGAUGCUCCAAGCCAGCCAACCAGUAGCACGGAUUGGGCGCUUUGAUAUGGAUGACUCCUAUGACCUUAAUCUGCUUUCUUAUACUUGAAUGGUUCAAGACAAGAAGAAGCAAGGCUUCCAAGCAGGGCUGCAUCCCUGCAUUGUAGGCCUGGCCUGAGCAGGAAGAAGUAAUGGAUUAAGAUUUGGUUGCUUCCAUGGUCCAGUCUCAUGUUCCAACAACUAUCCAGUUAGAUUCUGCCUCUUCACCUGUGGUAAUCUGGUUUUCAAGCCUAUAUUUUGCACAGGACCCUGGAAAGUUAGAUUAUCUAAACUGAAGCUGUCUAAUUAGGGCUGUUUAUCUCCUGUUCUGCUUUUCCAAGCCUUGCUGCAUGGUACGUGUUUCUUUUAAAGGUAAAAUGAAAUAUCUCCAAGAAUCUGGUACUGGGAGCAUGGAGGAAAGGAACCCUUCAUUUUGAUAAAUAGUGAGUUGAGAUAUUGUAAGAAGGACAAAAAGACUCAGGGUAUUGGGGUCUCAGAUCAAAACAUAGCAAUUUUAGAAAAUGCCAGGUACAGAGAUGAAUGUGUCUGUCUACCUCACUUGUAAUUAGAGAGCAUAGGUCUUUUAAUAUGUGUGUAGACUUCAAAAAAGAAAUGUUGCAUCAUGCUAAAACCAUGACACUGGUAUUCUUGGAGGGAUAAAGGAGGUAGAAAGCUGCGUUGUAUCAUAAAUUUUCUAUCCCGAAUACACUAUUAAGCAUUUUCUCACGUAGCUAUUUGUGUCCAUUGAGUGUUGAACUUGGAUGAACAAAUGAUAGGAAAGGUUUGGAUUCAGUUUCUUGCCAUGUCAAGGAUCUUUAGAUAGAUUAUAUCUGCAAAGCACAUCUGAAAACUGCCUCUUGGAGGGCUGGUCUGACAAUUACCAAGAGGGUAUUUGAGCAUCUUCAUCAAGCCAUUGAGUGACUUACCUACUUGACUGGAAUAGCAUCGUAUGAUUUCCACAGAAAUGCAUUUUCCUUGUUGUGAGGGACAAUCCUUCUUAUGGUAUGUACAUAAUUUGUAGUUGUCAGAAGGACCAAGCUGCAGAACAAAAUGAAUGUCUGCAGUAGGAUAAUUGGGUGAUUUUUUUUAAAAAAUGUAUUGCAUUUCAGGAGUAACUUUACAGCUGUUUUCUGUAUAUCUAUUGUGUAUUUAUUAUUUAUGUUAACUAUUUAUAGCUGGAAAGGACUGUAAUAGUCUUCUAAUGCACUCUGUGUAUCAGGUUUGAUGUAUCUCAGUGGAUACUUAGCCAGACUUAAGGGAUCACAAAUACAUGAAAAGCUAUGUAUUGUAUGGUGACACACUGUAAAAUACAUGGGAAAUGCUUUUGAUCCUAAAGACUACACGUGAAUUUUUGUUCCAGGUACAUAUGGACAUACAUGCCUUAAUUUCCUCCCUUUCUGUGGUUUGGAGUAUAGUUUCUGGGGCAAAGGGGGGAACUUUGAGGCUGAUUCCUUAGCCAUCCAGUGGAGAUGACUUGUUUCCCAGAGCCAUUAAUAGUAAGAAAUCUGCCUUCAGCCUGUCAAAGUUUGCUUUGUUUCUUGCUGUCAGGGCCAUUUAUUUACUCCUGCUUGCUGAUCAGCUCGCUGGAAGAGAAGAGGAAUAGGCUGUACCAAGAGUAGAAAUGCAAGGAAACGCUGCUGCCAUAUUUUUAUUUGAAGAGAGUUCCCGAAUACAUAAGAGGUGAAAAAGGAAGCAGCAAGGAGUAAGAUGAAGUACAGAAGCAAACAGUCUCAAAUUAUCUGCCCAAUAAAAAAGAGAAGUGAUGACA